AUGGCAUUUUUUGCUCGCCCCUUCCGAAGCAAAAGUGACAAUGCACAUCUUUCACCGGCUCGUGAUUGGCUCGACCAUCGACGACGUUCUCCGAGGCUUGGCUCUUGGCCCUACUCCCAAUUGGCUCAAUCGUCACAGUGGACAUGUGCCACAUGCAAGUGGUUGCGAGUACCGACUCGAGAGUGCUGUCCAAGAGCCUUCAGCAUAUUCCUCAUCAUUGGCCAACUCUUUUGCGUCUGGCCACUUGCAUUCUUUGUCCAAUGCAUGCACACAAACACCCACAGUCUGUCCUACAAACAGAUGCUCUUCAACUUUGAACCAGCCCAGAUUCACACCUACUCGUGCCCCCCCACGGAAGCCCAGCUUCGAGCCUCAGUUUGUUCGUCCAUCCGUUCAUCCGUCCAUCCGUCAGUUUGUGUAAAUAUCCACUCGUCUGUCGGUAUCGUUCAGGCUUUAUUGAGUCACAGCGACCGAGUUUUAAUGAGGUCAAUCACCGAAACGGCACGUCUCUUUGGGCGUGAUCACCUGUCGAUUCGUCCGACAGCUCGACAGGCCCACAGACUGUCCCACUUGGCAGCAUUGACAACAGUUCCCGAGGUGACAGAAGAGGCACUGUGA